UCAGUGAUGGGACAAAACCUCAAAGGGGAAAGAAAGAAAGAGACGCAAGAGGAAGUGACAACACACGUCUCACAAGUUUUUGAGAGAGAAAGAUAGAAAGCGGCAGAAACCAAGGGCGUAGCCUGUAAAUCGCUUGACAAAUUUUGGAACCACAACCUUACGAGAAUGGCAGCGUGGGACCUGUCCAUCACUGUAGAGGAACUGGGACCGGAGGCCCCACCUCUUAAAAUCAGUGUCACCUCAGAUCUGCACAUUGGUGGAGUCAUCCUCAAAGUUGUGGAAAAGUCACAAAUAAAGAAGGAUUGGUCCGAUCAUGCUCUAUGGUGGGAACAGAAACAACAGUGGUUGCUGAAGCCGUCCUGGACGCUGGAUAAAUGUGGGAUUCAUGCAGAUGCCCGACUCUGCCUCACGCCCCAGCACAAGCCUCUGCGGUUGGGUUUGCCCAAUGGCACCACGCUCCGUCUAAGAGCCUGCUUCUCCAGCCCUGUGUUCCGUACUGUCAUAGGCAUCUGCAAACUCCUGAACAUUCGCCAUCCAGAGGAACUAUCUCUCCUAUGGCCAGUGGAAGCGAAGAAGAAAAAGAAAGAUAAAAAUGCUGAGGAAGAGAUGUAUGACAUCACAUGUGCACCACUUCCUUCAAGCACCAUCCUGAAGCUUGCCAAUGGCAUGCCUGCUUUCUUUGCUGAGUCACCUGAAACUGAGGCUGUGUACAAGAUGCUGUCCAUCAGUCAGCCUGCACCAGCACCAGAAACCAUUACUAAGAUGUACCGCUCAACAAAUUUAGUGGAGAAAGCACAAGUUAACAGCAGGUGGUUGGACUCAUCCCGUUCACUCCUGCAACAGGGGAUCAAAGAAAAUGAUAAACUCCUUCUGCGUUUCAAAUACUACAACUUUCAUGACGUCAUACCACAGAGUGACGCUGUGCGUCUGACGCAGCUGUACGAGCAAGCUAGAUGGGCCAUUCUGCUGGAGGAGAUUGAAUGCACAGAGGAGGAGAUGAUGGUCUUUGCUGCUUUACAGUACCACAUUGGGAAAGUGUCACUGACGGAGCAGUUUGUGGCGUCGUGUCCUGGUAUGGAAGAUCUAGAUUCGGCUCUUCAGUGUCUGGAGGUCAAGAUGGAAGGAAAGAACAGUGCUGAUGACAUGUUGGAAACAAUGACAGCACCAGAACUACAUGACUACCUGAAAAUAUUUAGGCCAAAGAGGCUGUCCCUGAAAGGAUAUAAACAAUUCUGGUUUACGUUCAAGGAUACAACCAUCUCCUACUACAAGAGUAAAGAGGAGAGCUGUAAAGAGCCAAUUCAACAGAUGAACCUUAAAGGUUGUGAGGUGGCCCCUGAUGUGAGCAUUGCCGGGCAGAAAUUUUGUAUCAGGCUGCUGAUCCCGGGGCCAGAGGGCAUGAAUGAGGUCUACCUGCGCUGUGAGCAGGAACAGCAGUACAGUCGAUGGAUGGCAGCAUGUCGUUUGGCCUCGAAAGGCAAGACUUUAGCAGACAGCUCGUUCUCCAGUGAGGUGCAGAAUAUCCAGUCUUUCCUGGCCAUGCAGAAUACCACACCUAGUAAUAACACAGCUCAGACAGAUGACAGCAUCAAUACACACAGUCUUGUCUCUCCACGAUACCAGAAGAAGUACAAACCCAAGCAGCUCACACCGAGGAUCCUGGAAGCCUACCAGAAAGUAGCACAGCUCUCAUUAACAGAUGCUGUUCAGAGGUUUCUUCAGAUCUGGCAGGCUCUGCCUGACUUUGGGCUCUCUUAUAUUGUGGUCAGGUUUAAGGGUUGCCGCAAGGAUGAGGUGCUUGGCAUCGCCAAUAAUCGUUUAAUCCGAAUUGACCUGAGUGUGGGAGACAUAGUGAAAACUUGGAGAUAUAACACCAUGAGGCAAUGGAAUGUCAACUGGGACAUCAAACAGGUUGCCAUUGAGUUUGAUGGGAACGUGAACAUCGCCUUUAGCUGUGUAACAGCAGAUUGUAAGAUUGCCCACGAGUACAUCGGCGGCUACAUCUUCAUGUCCACAAGGAGUCGAGACAAGAGUGACACCCUGAAUGAAGAGCUGUUCCACAAACUGACCGGCGGCCAUGAAGCUUUAUGAGAAGAAAGAAAGUCUGUGCACUUACGGACUGCCUGCAUUUAUGGAAUGAGAUCUUCCAAAAACAUUCAAGAAAUAGUAAUUAAACACCCCAUGAAAUGGUUAUAUGAACGGAAUUUUCUUUCCUGUGUUGAUUUGCAAUUGAAAAAGGUUGGGUGGGAUUUUUCAAUGGGCUUUUUCUCUUUUUUUGUCACAGUGCAGCUCUACCAUGCAGGGGCGCCUGCAGGAUUUAAACUGAGGGUACACACAGAAAUCUGGAUAUCUAGGGGGGUCCGGGGGCGUGCUCCCCUGUGAGAUUUUUUAUUUUAUUUUUUGUGCAAAAAACAAAACCAGAACGUUCCAUUCUGGUGACUUUGAGAUAAGCAUUUGUUUUAUUUUCUUGAGGAUGAGUAGCAUUCAUGUAACUAUUGGCUAAAGCAUUUCUUCCAGUAACCGUUCAGACAGACGCGUUUUCACGCUAAAAAAUCAAAACGCACCACAAUGAAUAGAGCUGAACGCAGGGUUCUUGAGAUGUGUUUUAUCAGUUGAAGAAAUUCUUUUUAACUUGACACAGCAUCUAAAAAUGCAGCGCUCCUGCGAGCGAUGCUAAAAACACAGUGAAACGUGACGCAGUUUUCAAAAGACAUAUAUCUAGCGAAUAUUUAUAUGGAAAAUGAUUUAAAAACAGUGUGAGCGGACGCAAAAACACGUUCAGUUUGAACAGCCCCUUGUUCACAUGACACAGCACUAGCUGAAGUUUCUCAAAGUUACCUCUCUAAAACACAGCCUUUUGUUUCAGUUUAUUGUAGAUAAAAUUACACUGUAUCAAGCGCUGUUUGUUCUCUGUAUUCGUAAAUAUCCGGAAACUGUUUUACUGUGUGAGAAACCGCUCCAAAUGAUUCAAUGAGAGAGCAGACCGAACGAAUUGUACUGAAUCAUGAAUCGAUUCAGACCGCUUUGCAAGCCUGUUUGGCCAAUUCACUGAAAAGAACCGACUCAAAAGAAUUAUCCAUUCGCAAAUUGGUCAUUGCUAGUUCUUUUAAACAGCCAACAGAAAUACAGGACACAUUUCAUGAUUGAUUAAAUAUUCUGAGAUUAAAUAUGUCUCAGGUCAGUCGGAGCGCUCAUGGUACGCACAGUGCGUAGGGCUGUACAGCUGCAGGCGCCCCUGUUUGUUACUUUCUAUUGCUACUUAGCAUUUUAUUGGACAAAAAUGUGUACUAUAUGUCUCUGCGUACAAGAUAAGGCAGCAGUAUACUUGGUUAAUUUUCCCAGUAGUUUUGUCAACUUUUACAAGUACACUAGCUUAUAGAUUACCUAAAAGCUAACAUACAUGGACUAAAAGCUGCAAAAUUUGGAUUUCAUGGGGUCUUUAAUAACCUAGAAAAUGUCAGUACACAUACAGAUAUGCCCAGUUGACAUCAAAACAACACUAUUGUGUCUUGACAGGAUUGUAAGUCUUUUAAUUGUAAGUUUUUAAUUCUGUGACAUUCAGCAGUGUGUGGAAUUUCUCUUUUCUCUAUUUAGCUUUGAUCGUUCUCAAUUUAGAUUAUUUUCAGUGUUAACACCAACACAAAUACAUUUCUAGCAUAUUUUUUCCAUCAUUCUGUAGUUAUUAAAUUUCACUUUCAAACAUUG